AUGGGCAAACGAAAGCAAACGCGAAAGUUUGCUGUAAUGAAGAAAACACUAAAUUUAAAGGACACCAGGAUUAAAAAACUUGAUCGGGAAAAACUCAGGGAUUCUAAAAUUGCUGCCAAGGCAGCAACUCGGAUGGUGGUCAAAAACCGGAGUGAACUUGUUUCUUGUCUGAAGGACUCCUACAAUGAGGCUCUCGGUCCCCCUUACCACAUCCUUCUCGACACAAAUUAUGUGAAUUUUAGUAUCAAAAAUAGACUCGAUUUAUUCAACUCUAUAAUGGACUGUUUACUGGCAAAAUGCUUCCUAUACGUUACAGAUUGUGUGAUGGGAGAAAUUGAGAAAAUGCCUGAAAGAUAUCGGGUGGCAUUAAAAAUCCUUCGAGAUCCCCGAAUAGAGCGCUUGACCUGUCAGCACAAGGGAACUUACGCUGACGACUGUCUUGUCGAACGAUGUGCAGCCCGAUGUUACAUCGUUGCUACCUGUGAUCGUGACCUGCGACGUAGAAUUCGCAAGAUAACAGGAGUGCCCAUCAUGUAUAUUCACAACCAUCGGGUUACCAUUGAGAAGAUGCCUAUGGCUCUCGGUGCUCCUAAAAUAUAA